AUGCCUCCCAAACCAGCCUCCACUGCCAAGGAUUUAGAAUCCACAAUCCAUUCCAUCUCUGAGCAAUUAGGGGUGCUUGCUACCCAAAUCGAAAACAUUCAAACUUUGCAAAACUCACGUUAUGAAUCACUCACCGGUUCCAUUGCCACUAUCAUGGCUCAACUGAGCAAUCCUUCAAAUUCUACCUCAUCAUCACCCCCUAUUUCCUUCAUUCCUCCAUCAUCUACUGACAUACCUCCUCCCCAAAUACCAUCCACCAUGUCUGGCCCAAAUUCACAACCAUUUAACCAAGUUAUUAACCCACAUUUCCUUAUGCAACCUCAACCCUUCCUCCGCACGCCCUAUUCAUUAAACCCUCCUCUCAACUCCCCUUUUUCUCCUCCUUAUCCCCCACCCUUUACACCUCCUCCUCCAGCACCUGGUUCUCAUUCUCAAAGCCCUCACUUUUGUCUACCUAAAUUAUAG